UUGGGCUACAUUUUGUACCAAGGCAGUUAAGAAAAGCUUGGCCGUAUGCCCUAAACUGAUAUACUUGUUAGCUAAUGUUAGUAUUUUAACAUUACCUCCACCAAUAUUACCAUUCAUUCGGAGGGACGUGACUAGUAAAAGUGCACUAUUAAUUUUUUUAAUGCCAGCUCUGGUUUGCACAGUUGGGAUCACCUGGUAAUGCUAGCUGCUAAUGCUAACACUUUUAGUGCUCACGAGUCUGACGGUAUAAAUAAAGCAAGAAAUUGUCACGACCCUUUCUAAAUAAGUAGUUUUAUUUUGAAAUAAGGAAAACAACGCUUUCUCCCCUCCCACCGUGUGCUCCGCGGCAGUUUGACGCUGCUGAGGUGAGGAGAGGAGUGGAGAGCUCCGUCAGCGGUCUAGGGAGACCGUGGUGAGGAAUCCCAGCAGCCCCAGGAGACUGAGACCGGCUGGACCCCAGAGGAGGACCCGAGAGAGAACCACGUUGGCACGGGAGAGGUCUCAAUUCAGGGCUGCAGUAUGUUUACUUCAGUGAAGGCCUUUGAGGGGCAGCAGUACUCCACCCUGAAGAGGGAGUGCUUGCAGAGUGGCCUGCUCUUUGAGGACCCCCGCUUCCCCGCCACCGAUGACUCACUUCUUUACCAGGGCAACAGGAUUGGCCGUGUAGUCUGGAAGAGGCCACGGGAGCUGUGUGAGGAUCCUCACCUGUUUGUUGAUGGCAUCAGUGCACAUGAUCUCCAUCAGGGUCAGCUGGGUAACUGCUGGUUUGUAGCGGCAUGCUCCAGCCUGGCCUCCCGAGAGUCUCUGUGGCAAAAGGUUAUUCCAGAUUGGAAGGAACAGGAAUGGGACACAGAGAAGCCAGACUCGUAUGCUGGGAUUUUCCACUUCCGCUUCUGGCGCUUUGGAGAAUGGGUGGAUGUGGUGAUUGACGACCGGCUACCGACGGUGGACAACCAGCUGGUCUACUGCCACUCCGACGACAGCAACGAGUUCUGGAGUGCCCUGGUGGAAAAGGCCUAUGCCAAGUUAGUUGGCUGCUAUGAGGCUUUGGAUGGAGGAAACCCAGCCGAUGCCCUGGUGGACUUCACUGGUGGUGUUUCAGAGCCUGUGGACUUGUUGGAGGGUCAGAUGGCUACUGAUGAAGUUGGCCGUAACCAGCUGUUUGAAAGAGUUCUCAAAGUCCACAACAGAGACGGCCUUAUCAGCUGCUCCAUUAGGGCGACUACAAUAGAGGACAUGGAGGCACGGCUGGACUGUGGCCUGGUCAAAGGCCACGCCUAUGCUGUGACAGAUGUACGGAAAGUGCGUCUAGGUCACGGACUACUGGCCUUUUUCAAGUCGGAGAAGCUGCAUAUGAUUCGCAUGAGGAACCCCUGGGGGGAGAAAGAAUGGAGCGGCCCUUGGAGUGACAGUUCAGAGGAGUGGAACAAGGUGAGCAAGAGUGAGAGAGAAAAGCUGGGUGUCACCGUGCAGGACGACGGCGAGUUCUGGAUGACGUUUGACGACUUCUGCCAGUACUUUACUGACUUGAUCCUGUGCCGCCUCAUCAACACCUCCUAUCUGAGCAUUCAUAAAACCUGGGAGGAGGAGGUGAUGAGAGGCUCCUGGAUCCACCGUCAGGACCCCCUCCGCAACCGGUCCGGAGGCUGCAUCAAUCACAAGGCCACCUUCCUGCAAAACCCACAGUAUGUGUUUGAUGUGAAGAAGGUAGAAGAUGAGGUGCUGAUCUGCUUACAGCAAAAAGAAAAGCGAGCCACACACAAAGAGGGCAAAGGGGAAAACCUCGCUAUAGGCUUCGAUAUUCACCGGGUGGAGCUAAAUCGAAAGUAUCGUAUGCACUCAGCCCAGCAGAAAGUAGCGGGCUCCAUCUACAUCAACUCACGCUGUGUCUUCCUCAGGAAGGAACUGAAGGAGGGCCGCUAUGUCAUCAUUCCCACAACCUUCGACCCCAGGCAGCAGGGUGACUUCCUGCUCCGUGUCUUCACUGAUGUGCCUUCAGACUGCAAAGAGCUGAUUCUGGACGAGCCUCCUCAGACAUGUUGGACAGGGAUGUGUGGCUACCCUCAGCUGGUCACUCAGGUCUAUGUACUGAAUGCUGAGGGUCUUCAGGGACAGGACUCCAAUGGAGCUGUAGAUCCUUACGUGAUCAUCACCUGUGAAGGAGAGCGGGUUCGUUCACCAGUUCAUAAGGACACUCAAUGCCCAAAUUUUGACAUCAAAGGCUUGUUCUACCGCAAGAAACCCAAGGAUGGUAUUCACAUCGAGAUCUACAACAAGAACAUGAUUGUGGACACCUUCCUGGGUCAGGUAAUCCUAUUUAGCGGCCCCAAUGAGCGGCAGGAGCAGCACACGCUUCACCUUCGUGACAAGGGUAACCGCCAAGACAGUGACCUUCCAGGCACGCUCACUGUGCGCCUCAUCACCUCCACCACGCUCACCAACAUCUGAUACAAUCAUUUAUAUAGUUAGAAUGAUCAACACUCAAGGUGGCAUUUAAUCGUGCCUACCAUUCAUGUUCACCGUUCAUCCUCCAACCACUAUCGGAGCUCACUGUCUUUUCUUCUGCCACUUUUGUGUGUCUUAGUAUUUUUCCCAGUUUUUUUAUGUUUCUGCAUCUAAUUUUAGAUUUGUUAUAGGGUUUUUUUGACAUUUCUGGAUGCAAGGUGUCCUUAGACAAUAUUUGGGGUUGUAUUGAAUAUCUUUGAAUACAUUCCUGCCUAAUGUUCUCCAUUAUUUAGUACUGGCUUUAGACAUUUCUUUUUAAAGUAAGUUUCAUUGCAUGUUUUGUAGUUAGUCUCGGAGAAACAGCAUAGGGAGUCUGACCCAUUAUUAUUACGUACAAACACCAACAUACACAUACAUGUAGACCUUUCUGCACUCGCCAUGCAUGUGCCAAUGUUUCCAAGGGCUAUGCAUUGCCUUAAGGCUGAGUCUGUCUUUCCAGCUUGAGGAGACGGGGGGUGGGGGGUUAUGUGAAAUACUCAUUAUGUUCUCAUUUGCUGUCCUCAGUGUUAGCACAGCCUGAAUUUGUGUUCCUUAAAAUCAGCAUUGCAACCCUUAUUGUCAUAGUUUUAGUUUCAGUCUUCUAUAUACUGGCAUAACUUAUACUCUUUUGUAUCUGUGGAUGAUCCUCCCACCCAAUCGGCCCACCCAGACACCUCAAGUCUUCAGCAGGUUGCCGGUGCUUUGGAGAGCAUGCAGCACUGUCUGUCACUUUUUACUGUGGACUUUACAAACAAAGGCCAAC